AUGCUCAUGAUUCUGACGUUCAUCAGUGAUGCGAUGAAGCUGGUCGGACUGCUUCCACCAAACUACAUCUGCUUCCGCUGUAGGAUUCCUGGACAUCACAUUAAAAACUGCCCGAGCACUUGGGACAAAAGUUGUGCUCCUCAUAAACACAUACGGAAAUGCGCAGGGAUUCCUCGUAGUUUCCUGGUGGAAGUGGAUGAUCCUGACAGAAAGGGAGUCAUGAUGGACAGCAGUGGGAAAUACGUCAUUCCCGUUAUGGAUGCCGAUGCCUAUGCGAUUGGGAAGAAAGAGAAGCCGCCCUUCUCACCCCAGAAUGAGCCUUCAUCCCCAUCCUCAUCCUCAUCCGAUCCGGUUCCUGCCGCGCUGCUGUGUCUGAUCUGUAAGGAUCUGCUGACCGAUGCUGUGAUGAUUCCCUGCUGCAGGAGCAGCUACUGUGAUGAAUGUAUCAGAACGUGUCUGCUGGAGUCUGACGGACACCUUUGUCCAACCUGCAGACAGUCAGAUGUUUCUCCUGACAGUUUGACCGCAAACACUGUUUUGCGUCAAGAGGUGAAUCAUUUUAAAAAUGGAACCAGAUCUUCAUGUUCAAACCAUGAGCCGUCAAUCCCGGUCUCCCAUCCCAGAAUCCUCAUCAAAGAGGCGUCGGGAUGUGAGAGGGAAUCGUUCCUGCUCUAG